GUCCGGCAGAUUGUGUAGUUCGGUGUGAGAGACAUAGACGAAGUUGGACGUUUUUGUUCAGGUAGGAACACUUAACGCCGUUGUGGAGUUAAAUCGAACACAUAAUUAAAGUAUUUUGAAGGUUGUAAUGCAAAUCAUAGGAAGAUAUUGUGUAGACGCUACUACAGGUAUUAAAGUGAAUAGUGAUGACGAACCGUUGGUUCUAUCUAGGUUCUCGGUUGGCCAAGAACCUUUGAUUAAUAUCAAGUCUAAGCUGAGAAUGAGGUGUAGCAUUAAAACACUCCAACCAGAAAGUAGACGAUAUAGUUACUGUUGGACUGAAGAAAGCAGUCGAACAAAACGAUAUCAAGUUUGUUCUAGUUAUGAGACUUAUGGUGGUCCUGGACAUCCAUCAAAUUUCUGCAUCUUACAAUUGUGGUAGUAUUGAACUUCUAUAGUAAAACAAUAUAAAGCGAGUGCGUUUAGGAAUUUACGACAUUAUAUACAAUUCUUUUUGUUUUUUAUACAUUGUCUUUUUACAAAAAAAAAUCACUUUUUUUUUGUGAACUGUGUAAAAAUUGUAUCUUAUGACUAUGGAAAGUGUGGUUAGUCCUAAAUCAUCUGGAAGGCCCAUGGAUAUUCAGGAAGAAGUGUGUGAUGCCGAAGUGAUGCAUGUUGUGAAUUUAAAAAAACAGAAAGUAGUUACUGUUAGUAAUGAAGAACUAGAUCGUGAGAGACCUAUGUCGUGGGAGGGCGAACUGUCAGAUGAUGAUGAUGAUAACAAUUCAACUGCUGGACAACCACUCAAGAUUGGUAAAUCUCCUGAUAUAAAUGGUACCGUUUGUCCCAGGCCUCUACCACCUAUACCAGGUAAUCCUGGUAGUCCUAUGUGUUUAGGAGAUAGCGAAGAAAAUUAUCAAAUACCAAAGUCUUUGCACCAACAGACCACUGCAAAUGGCACGUUAACUCAGUGUGUCGUGAAUGGUACUUGCAGUCCGUCUACUCAUCUUCAUCCGGCAAUCUCCACUACUUGUUCUACUUCUAAUCGUAAUGCUCCGGUAACCUACGCCACCGGACAGGGAACGGUUUAUGCCAAUGAUCGCCUUUCUUUGGGUCAUCCGCCUCCCUACGAAAAUUCUUUGUGUGGUCAUCAUAGUCCUGCCCAGAGCAGACAUAUGAUUGGUUAUACCGGUCCCUACAGCCAAAGUCCGAGUCCUGUACUCACUCGUCCUACAAGUAGUUCAAGUUCUCGUUCCUCUUAUUCUCCAGCCCAGAGUCCCCUGCUCGGCCGAUAUGUUUCUGCAUUAUAUAAUCCAAGCCCCGUUCUCUCUCGACACACUACUGGUAAUAGCAGUGAUGGUUCAGUGUAUUCUCCAUUGAGUAGUCCGUCUCAGGGAAGGCAUGGAGCUACUGAAAAUAGUGUAAUCUGUUCACCAUCACAAAGUCCUAGCCAAGGAAGACGAAGUGAUAAUGAUGGUCCCACGAGUUAUUCUCCUGACAUAAGUCCUGCUCAUAUUUAUACAAAUAAUUCACGUCGUGUAGUAUACAAUGCUCCUUCUCCUCCAAAUCAUGUGCACUGGACAGUACCAGAUCAGUCAUCUGUUACUUUAAAUAAUGAAAAUAAUAUUGCAGUUCAUACAACUCAUUCUGAAAAUACGAGUUUUGAAACUAGAGUGAUACAUAUUUCUCCUCUUUUACAACGAUCAACUCAGGAUGCACGCUCAACUGCUUCCAGUGCAUCUGUAGCAUCAAGUGCAUCAGAUGAAUCAAAUGCCAGUGAUUUUGCCAGUCCCACACAAAGGUUAUCAGCAGAUAAUAGUAGUGAGGAAGGAAAGAACAAUAUUGUCCAUGAUCCUUCCCAGAGUCCUCUGGGUAUGUCAGCGGGGCAAGGAAUCUCGAGACAGCAACUCCUGAGUGGCCCGUGUCCGAUAUGUGGAGAUCGUAUUUCGGGAUUCCAUUAUGGUAUUUUUUCCUGUGAGAGUUGUAAAGGAUUUUUUAAAAGGACUGUCCAGAAUAAAAAAAACUAUGUUUGUCUUCGAGGGGCCAAUUGUCAUAUUGCCAUUAACACAAGAAAAAAAUGUCCAGCCUGUAGAUUUGAUAAAUGUUUAAAAACAGGGAUGAAAUUGGAAGCAAUAAGAGAAGACCGAACUCGUGGGGGUCGAAGCACUUACCAAUGUUCUUAUACUUUGCCAAAUCAGCCAUUAGGUGACAGUCGUAUGUCAUCUUCAGACUGUUCGCCAUCACCUGUCUCCAGUGAAAGUACUAGAACUAGUUCAGGACAAUCUCUGACAAGACCAUCCACAGAUUCCUCUCGCCAUUCUCCUGAAGACUUAAAACAACCAACAAUUCCAGCUUUAAUUCAAAGUAUUCUGGCAGUUGAACAUCUUUGGUAUUCAACAGAUAGAGAAGGCAACAGACUGUCAGAACAGUUGACCGAUAAGAUGACGGAUGGAGAUCCAGAUUUCUUAGGAAAUUUGUGUAACAUAGCAGAUAAUCGAUUGUUUAAAAUUGUUAAAUGGUGCAAGAGCCUUCCUUUAUUUAGGGAAAUACAGACUGAUGAUCAGAUUGCAUUGCUGAUUAAUUCUUGGUGUGAAUUGCUGUUAUUAAGUUGUUGUUAUCGGUCAAUGGCCACACCAAAUGAAAUAAGAGUAUCGCAUGGUAAAUAUCUUAAUUUAUCAGAAGCCAGAAUGAUAGGACUUGGGCCAGUUAUUGAAAGAAUGCUAAAUAUGACAGAGCAUAUGAGGCAUCUUCAAGUUGAUCAAUAUGAAUAUGUUUGUUUAAAAGUAAUAAUAUUAUUAACUUCAGAUGCUAGUGGUCUGAAAGAGCCAGAUAAAGUGCGAAAUUGCCAAAAACAAGUUUUAGAAGCUCUUCAAACUUAUACUCGGACUCAUUAUCCUCACUUACCUAGCAAAUUUGGAGAAUUGUUACUUAGGAUUCCAGAUCUAGAACGUGCGUGUCAAGUAGGUAAAGAAUCAUUAGCAAGCAAACAAAGGAUUGGAGAAGUUCCAAGUUUCAAUCUUCUCAUGGAAUUGUUGCGAGGUGAUCAUUAGCUAAAAACUUCUGCUUCUGCAAAAAUUAGUUGCUACUUAUGCACAUAAAACACUGCCAAAUGGAGCAAAGAAUCGAUUGCAUAGAAUGUUCCUAUAGCAUAUACAAUCAGAUUAAGCCAUGUUACUGUUAUUUUCCAUUGACAACACAAAAAGCUACCUGUGUUAAUUGGUGCCAACAAGAAUUUUAUUUGGCUAUCAAGCAAACUCGUUGUUAAAAGCUUCUACUUUAUGUUAAUUGAAUGUAAUUUUAUCUUUUGUUUAUUGUUUUCUAUAAAGCAAAUAUUAAUUACAUCAAAGAAUAUGGAAAUUAUUAUGCUGCCUGUGCUACCAGGAAUUUCCAGCAACCUUUUAUUAUUAUGAUUAUCAUCAUUAUUAU